AUGCAAGAUUCUAUAACAGCCAAAACAUUGUUCCCAUUCCGCAGAAACUUUUAUCAUUCUAUCACCAAUUUGUUGCAAAUUAAUCCAUCUUUGCCUUCACUGCUCAUCGAAAUUCCAAAUACCAUGUGGGGAUUUCGCUCAUCAACAUUAGUGGGCAUUUUUCUCCUCCUCUCAGUUGCCAUGAACCUUUCAGUAAGCCAUGUUUCAGCUUCUAAACAAUUUCAAAAUGAGACCGAUCGUCUUGCUCUGCUUGAAUUCAAGAAUCAGAUAUACGAUGAUCCGUCUGGAGUGCUAAAGUCCUGGAACCACUCACAGCACCAUUGUCACUGGGAAGGAGUCACAUGCAGUGCCCGACAUCAAAGGGUCAUGGCCUUGACUCUAAGGCAUAAGCAGUUGUCUGGAACUAUAUCUCCUCAGGUCGGAAAUCUAAGCUUCAUGAGGUUCAUCCAACUUGGGGAGAAUCAAUUCCAUGGUGGGAUUCCCCAAGAAUUUGGUCGCCUUCUCAGGCUAAGAGUCUUGAACCUGACAAGUAACGCAAUCAGUGGAAAAAUCCCAGCAAACCUGAGCUACUGCUCAGAGUUGGUAACUAUUAGCCUACAUGACAACAAGCUAGAAGGGAAAAUUCCGAUUGAUCAGCUGAGCAAUUUGAAGAAGCUUGAAAAUUUUUUUCUUUACACAAACAAUUUGACAGGAGAGAUUCCCUCCUCCAUUGGUAACUUAUCAUGGCUGACUCAACUCGAUUUUGGCUAUAACAAUCUGGAGGGAAAUUUGCCCAUGGAAAUGGGGCUCUUAAAAGGGUUAUCUUUUUUUGCAGCAGCAGAAAAUAAACUCUCUGGUAUAAUCCCUGCCUCUAUCUUUAAUAGUUCAGCCAUUACUGCCAUUUCAGUGGCGGACAAUUCCUUUCAUGGCAAUCUCCCAACCAACAUAGGUCUCACCCUACCAAAUCUGGAAGAAUUACUUCUUGGGGGAAACAAGUUCUAUGGAAACUUUCCAACUUCAAUCACCAAUGCUUCUGGGCUUGAGGAACUUGAUCUUUCCAGCAAUAAGAGACUUGGAUUUUAUUGCAUCACUGACCAACUGCAGUAA